GUAUGCCUUAGUGUUUGUCACUGCCAGAUGCGGCGUUGUUCUUGACAUUAGCUAGUGGCUAACACGUUCUGCAUCAAAAGUCUUCGGGAUCCUCAAUGACAUCCUCCACUCGCAGAGCAGUGCUAUCACUCUACAUGCGGGUGUUUCGUGUGGCACGUUCUUGGAGCGCACAGAGCGGAGUCAAUGCGGAUUCUCUGACAGAAAGGAAGUAUAUCAUUCAAGAAGCCCGGACUCUCUUUAGACAAAACCAGCAGUUGACAGAUGCAGCGUCAAUAAAAAGGUGUAUAGACGAGUGUGAAGCAAGGAUUGAAAUAGGUCUUCAUUACAAAAAUCCAUACCCAAGAGCUACCUACCUUCCACCUCUGGGACUGGCCACACAGAAAGGCCGAAAACUGAAGGGACAGCAGCGUCUGCGGAAACAAGCGAAGCCUGUCUACUUACAGUCACAUGAUGAGACCUGACCCACGGUAUCCCCUGCAAUCCAUGUUGCCAUCACAUAUUCAUUCUGUCACUCACUCAGGUAAUAAACCAUUUUUGGUUGUGUUGUUUUUAUAGUUCAAUGAUGCCAAUGAAGUCAAGAAUUCCUUUUGCGCCAAUCAUUGCGAGUUGUGCUCACCUCCCCUUACGUGGAGAGCAGUGUGUUAUUCACUUUUAUUUUGCAUGCAUUGCAUUGUACAGUACUUCAGCAUAUAACCUGGGUAUGUAAAGGAGUGUAAACAUACAUGCAUUAAAAUACAUAUUGCAGUG